AUGGUGUCGAGAUCCUACUCCAACCUCCUGGAACUCGCCUCCAGCGGCAGCAGCGGCGACCCGCUGCCGCCGCUGGGGCGCCGCCGGAUACCGCGCGUGGUGACGGCGUCCGGCAUUGUGCCGGACCUCGACGUCUCCGACGACGACGCCGACGAGGACGCCGCCUCCGCGGCCUCCGACCACUCCUCGCACGCGCCGCGGGAGCGCGUCAUCAUCGUCGCCAACCAGCUCCCCGUGCGCGCCUCCCGCCGCGGCGGCGGCGGCUGGGACUUCGCGUGGGACCAGGACAGCCUCCUGCUGCAGGUCAAGGACAGCCUCCGCGCGCACCACGGCCGCGCGGACAUGGAGUUCGUCUACGUCGGCGGCCUCCGCCACGACGUGCCCCCCGCCGAGCACGACGAGGUCGCGCACGAGCUUCUCGAGGGCUUCGGCUGCGUGCCCACCUUCCUGCCCGCCGACCUCCGCUCCCGCUUCUACCACGGCUUCUGCAAGCAGCAUCUCUGGCCACUGUUCCAUUACAUGCUGCCACUGUCGCCGGAGCUCGGUGGCCGCUUCGACCGACUCCUGUGGCAGGCCUACGUGUCGGUCAACAAGAUAUUCGCCGACAAGAUCCUGGAGGUGAUCAGCCCUGACGAAGACUUCGUCUGGGUGCACGAUUACCAUCUCAUGGUGCUCCCGACGUUCCUGCGCAAGCGCUUCAACCGGGUCAAGCUUGGGUUCUUCCUUCAUAGCCCGUUCCCGUCGUCGGAGAUCUACAAGACCCUACCUGUGCGUGAGGAGCUGCUACGGUCGCUGCUGAAUGCCGAUCUGAUUGGGUUCCACACUUUUGAUUAUGCCAGACACUUCUUGUCAUGCUGCAGCAGAAUGCUCGGGUUGAAGUACGAGUCGCAGAGGGGCUACAUUGCUCUGGAGUACUACGGUCGGACAGUAACUAUCAAGAUCUUGCCUGUGGGAGUUCACUUGGAGCAGUUACAGUCGGUCCUCAACCUCCCGGAGCUUGGGGGCAAGGUUGGUGAGCUUCUGAAACAGUUCCAUCAUCAGAACCGGCUGCUGUUGCUUGGUGUUGAUGAUAUGGAUAUCUUCAAAGGAAUUAGCUUGAAGCUUUUGGCGUUUGAGCAGCUCCUGAUGCAGCAUCCGGAAUGGCGGGGAAGGGUGGUGCUUGUUCAGAUUGCCAAUCCAGCAAGGGGGCGGGGAAAGGAUGUGAAGGAGGUACAGGAAGAGAGUGAUGCGAUGGUGAAGCGCAUCAACGAUGCAUUCGGGCAGCCAGAUUACCAGCCAGUGAUACUGAUUGAUAAGCCUCUGCAGUUCUAUGAGAGGAUGGCUUAUUAUGUUGUCGCGGAGUGCUGUUUGGUUACUGCAGUGAGGGAUGGCAUGAAUCUGAUCCCAUAUGAGUACAUAAUUGCUCGACAAGGGAAUGAGAAGAUAGAUAGUAUCCUGGGUCUUGGUCCGGCUUCAAGGAAGAAGAGCAUGCUUGUUGUGUCAGAGUUCAUCGGCUGCUCGCCCUCCCUGAGCGGCGCUAUCCGUGUGAACCCUUGGAACAUUGAUUCAGUGGCUGACGCAAUGGACUAUGCAUUGGAGAUGCCCGCAGGGGAGAAGGUGUUGAGACAUGAGAAGCAUCACAGAUAUGUGAGCACACAUGAUGUUGGGUACUGGGCGAACAGCUUCUUGCAAGAUCUUGAGCGGAUUUGCCUCGACCAUAACAGGAGGCGUUGCUGGGGCAUAGGAUUCGGGCUAAAGUUCAGGGUUGUAGCCCUCGAUCCAAACUUCAAGAAGCUUGCAGUUGAGCACUUGGUCUCGGCCUACCGGAGGACCACAAAGCGCGUCAUUCUCUUGGACUAUGAUGGGACGCUGAUGCCUCAGACUUCGUUCGGUAAGAGUCCUACCUCAAGGACGAUAGACGUGCUGAACAGCCUUUGCCGUGACAAGAACAACAUGGUCUUCCUUGUUAGUGCAAAGAGCCGGAUGACUUUAAACGAGUGGUUCUUACCAUGUGAGAGCCUUGGACUAGCAGCUGAACACGGCUACUUCCUCAGGCUGAGAAGAGAUGCAGAAUGGGAGACAUGCGUUCCGGUGAUAGACUGCAGCUGGAAGCAAAUCGCAGAACCUGUGAUGAAGACGUAUACUGAGACUACAGACGGGUCGACAAUUGAGAACAAGGAGACUGCUAUCGUUUGGUGCUACGAGGACGCUGAUCCAGAUUUCGGAUCGUGCCAGGCCAAGGAGCUCCAUGAGCAUCUUGAGAGUGUGCUUUCAAACGAGCCGGUUUCAGUGAAAGCUGGACCCAGCCUUGUUGAGGUGAAGCCACAGGGCGUAAGCAAGGGCCUGGUGGCGAAGCGGAUCCUUUCGACGAUGCAGGAGCGGGGCGACCUGCUGGACUUCGUCCUGUGCGUGGGCGACGACCGGUCCGACGAGGACAUGUUCGAGGUGAUCACGACGGCGGCGAGGGGCAUGUCCCUGCAGCCAGAGGCGGAGGUGUUCGCGUGCACGGUGGGGCGCAAGCCCAGCAAGGCCAAGUACUACCUGGACGACCCCGCGGACAUCGUGCGCCUCGUCCAGGGUCUCGCCAACGUCUCCGACGACGACCAGACGCACGCCCCACCACUCGCUGCCGCAACAGCGGCGGCCACCGUACCGAGGAAGGGAAGACCGUGGCUCGCUGUUCCCAGGUGUACAAAAUGCUCUAGGAAUGUUCUGGUCCUUGUUCGUGCUGCCUGCCUCGUCCUCGUCGUGGCCACGGCCCCUGUGUUCGGCUGGCGUGUACAUAAACAUAAGCCACUCGCCGAGGUCGCCGGUCACGUCGAUUUGUCGCCGGAUUACUGUCGCUCUGGACUGAAGCUCCAGAGGUCGUUGCGGGCGCGCAUUCCUUCCUUUUGUCUGUGGGUCGGGACGGGUGGCGUCAAUAAUUCCCGUCGCCACCCUCGUACCCUCCUCGCUGCAGCAAAUGAUGGCGAGCAACAACAAAUGCUGGAGGUGGUGGUGGUGGCUGCACUUGCUGACCCGCCGCACAGCAACAGCCAACAGCAGCAGCACAGUCGCCGCCUUAUCCUGUUGCCUAUCGGGGCAAAGGUUCUUCUGCCGGUCUAA